CUUGUACAACAUGCACAUUCCCGCAAUGUCGAAUUGACGGCCGUCCGUUCUUCGGACGUUCACUUGAAGCGAGAGCGAAACAGAAUCGUCUUUCGUCGGACUCGGAAUCUGCACUGCGAUUGGAGUGCGUACCACUCUCGUACAUUCUUUCCACGGGCUGCCUGAAGUACUGCAUGGUGAAUGCCUGCCGAUAAAACACUCUUGCCGAUGAUAAGACCUCGUGCGUGCUUGUAUUCAACAAAAUAGCCAACAUAUUCGCGUCAAGCUGGAUAUGUCCCACAGAACGUCCGGCUCAACAAUUGAUUCAUAGACACGAGCUCAAGACAGACCUCCCGUCAUACAUUCAAAAGCAGGCUGGAGUGUGUAGAGCACCGGGAAUCCUCUCCAUUGCAAACGGUGCGACUCUGAUGCUCCAAGGCCUACAUCAUGAGCGCGACUAUACUCAGAAAUGGCACUGUUCUUGCGUACGACGAAGAUUCGGCUUCGAUAAAGGUGCUUCGAAAAGCGAGCGUCGUCAUCGAAGGUGAUCGUAUCGCUGCUAUACUUGAUACUGAUGCCUCCAAAGACAACAGCUAUCCCCAAGCCGAGGUCAUUGAUGUGACGGGCCAGAUUGUGUCUCCCGGCCUUGUCAACACACAUUGUCAUAUGUGGCAGACAGCAUACCGGACACUUGGUCCAGACGUCACUUUGGCACAGUACUUCGGCUGGGUUUCUCAGAGAGCAUCAAACAUCCAAGAAUGGGCUCCAGAGGAUGUCUACGUUAGUUCUCUGGAGGGAUACAUCGAGGGCAUCAAUGCAGGUGUCACUUCCUAUUUGGAGCAUGCUCACAAUAAUUGGACGCAAGCAGUGAUGAAAAUUGGAUUGAAGGCUGCUCUGGACAGCGGCGCAAGAAUUUGGUGGUGUUAUCAUCCCAUAAACCGCGAUAAUUUCCCGAUCAACGAGCAGUAUCGCACACUCAAGAGUUUGAAGAGUGAAUUUCCCAAAGCGGAUGACCUGGUCAGGAUGGGCCUUGCCAUAGAUGGCCUAGAUAGUAUGUCGGAAGGAGACGUCCAGCAAGCGAAGCAGCUGGCUCGCGAGCUCGAGGCAGAGGUUUUGACAGCACACUAUCUUGGUGGUCCGUGGCCUUUUGCACAGCAAUUACCAGAAGUGGCUGCAAAGCACGAGGUCCAUGAUCUUCAUAUUCCCUUUGUCUGGUCGCAUGCAGGUUUUGUGUCCUCGAAAGCCAUGGACUUACUCCGCAAACACAACGACCAUAUCUCGAUCACGCCCGAAUCCGAGAUGCACUAUGGCCACGGACAGGAUACAAGCCACCUUAUCCAUGAUCAAGCCUCUCUCGGCAUCGAUACACAGUGGACAUUCAGCGGCGACAUCCUUCUGCAAGCUCGGAUGUGGUUGCAGUCUGUGCGCGGGCGACAGUCUACCGAGAUUCUGAAAAGAGGGCAUAUUCCAAAGCAAACCCCAAUGUCUGUGAUGGAUGCGUUCCUGCUGGCGACCAGAAAUGGCGGCCGCGCGAUUCACCGCGAUGACAUUGGCGUCCUGAGAGUUGGAGCCAAAGCGGAUAUCGUCUGCUUCGACGGGAACUCGCCCAAUAUGCUUGGAUGGACAGAUCCAGUUGCGGCAGUCGUCCUCCAUUCCAACAUAGCCGACAUCAAGCACGUCAUGAUUGGAGGUCAGUUUAGAAAGAAAGACGGGAAACUUGUAUUGAAAUCCGGAAGCUGGGAAGAGGUGUCUGCGCAAUUUACGCAGACUGCUCAAAGAGUCCAACAAGCGUUCAAAAAUCCGCCGCCUUUACCAGAGGGUAUAUGGGGCAAGUACGAAUUUGAAGAUGGGCCCAGGACUUCCGCCAGCAAGGAGGAGCGCUGAUACCGGCACGAGGGUUGUCAAUGCAGUCACUCCGAGCUGAUAGUCUCGGAUAGUGUUUAUCAGUACUUCCAGGCUGUUGCCACAUCUUCAUCGAAGACGAAGGCAUUUCGGUUCCGAAAAUGUCUGCCCUUGCAGUCUCCCACAGGAGGUAUUGCUUGAGUUCCUGUUGCUCACGGUUGACGAAGCAGUACCAGGAUAUCUUUACCGUCGCCACGAUUGCUUCGCUUUUCCGAUUUUCAGAUGUCGUGAUCAUUGGUCAUUCCUGCCAUUGGUUUGAUAGCGGUCCCACUAUGGUAGUCUGAUCAUUCGACCUAUGCGAUGAUAAGCGGGUGUAUAUCCCGCCUGGCCCAUAUUUACCCCUCAGAGACCCCUCCAUAGCUCCCGUGUCUUUCC